AUGGCUUUGGAUACUCGCAGCGCUCGCUGGACAACCCAUCAAGCAAGUACGGGUCACCGGGACAGCACAUGUAUGACACAAACGGGCAUGCGUACGAUGCCGUCGUAUGAGGGAAGUCAGCAGGGCGGCGCCAAGUGGCUCGAGGACGAAGAGCCCAUCCAUGUCCCGCAGCAGGAGCAGGCAUCGUAUGGGUACUCCGACACCCAGAAGCAGAAGCUGCAGCCGAUCGUGCAGGCAGACCCGAUGGCGAUGAUGGGCAUGGGCAACGGACAUCGCAACCGCUCGAUGCCGCAUGGUCAGGGUCUAAUGCCGCCUAAUAUCCAGACAUCGCGCCCAGAGUCGUCGGCUGCUUCGCGCGGGUGGAUGCAGCGUGGCGGAGAAUCGCCAGCCAGCGCCCCAUUGUCCUCGGCAGACAGCAAAGACAAGGGCCACAGCAAGAGCCGGCUCAAGAACCUGUUCCACAUUGGGCGCACCAGCGACAGCAGCGGGCAAAAGAAGAAAGCCGGCAGUGUAGCUGACCAGGUAGCCAGGCUUGAGGGCGAGGGGUCGCUGGCCAACUCGUCUGACCAGUCGUCGCAGCGGUCGGCCAACACCAAUGGUCGCAGCGUUGCCACUGUACCCGACGACUCGUUUCGGGAGCAGCGGGUAGUGAGCGGAAUGGAGGCUGCCAGUCGGAUCCAUGUUGCUGUCCCGCCUGGGCAUCUGUCGAUUGUAUACCCGGACUCGCCCAUGUCCAGGGCUGACACACUUGCCAAGUCCAGCGUCGACUCCACUCGCGCCAGCGGCAUCACCAGCGGGCAUGCACAGCUGGUCGACCCCGACCAGAACAGCUCGUCGUCCAAGCCAGCCUACCCAAUGCAGCACCAGUACAGCGGCUUCUCAGCACACACUCCAGCAGCAGCAGCAGCAUCAGCAGCAGCAGCAGCACCAGAUGGCGGCAGGGGUCGCGCAUCGACCACGCUGCACUCAUCCAGUGGCAAUGGCGGGCAGUUCCAGGGCCGCAUGGACAGCAAGAGCAGCGGGCUGGGCCACCACCACCAGCCCGCACGGCCAGCCAUACCGGGCAGCAAGGCGGCAGGCAGGUACUCGUCGUCCAACUCACCGCCGUUUGUACCAGCGCAUAUGCGCGAGAACGUUGGAGUCGAUAGUAAUGGCAGCAGUCCCCGCAUGUACCAGAUGCAGCGACUGGCGGAGAGCGACACUCGCAUCAACGAGCGCAUGUCUGGCAGCAGCGGCAGAGCGUACCAGUCGCGGCAGCGGUCGACGACGCGUGACACGGACGAACACAGCAGCGACCACGACAUGCUGACCGCAGAUCUAUGGGCAGUCGCCGAUCAUGAUGGAGUUUGGCUUCGACGGCACUGUGUCAUCGGCAUCCCCGCCCCGUCGGCACUUGGCCCGGCAGCUGCCAUCACAGCGGAUGCCCAGUGUUGUGAUGGAGGGCAGCGAAGAUGCCAGCGAGAGCAGCGGUGGAGCGCGCCCACGCCGGUCGCGGUCGCUAAAGAACACAAUCACGUCGCUGCGGCGCCGUCUGUCAAAGUCGAGCAAGAGCGGCGGCGGUGGCGGCGGCAACUCGGACGCGUCAAGCCCUGCGGUCGAGGUCAGAACGCCGAGCGUGUAUUAGACUAUGUGUAG